CGGCGGCCUCCGCGACCUCCUCACCCCGGGUCCCUCCCCUCCCCCGCCCGGAACAGUCCGUCCCCGGACCCCGGGCUGGAGUCUGGAGUCGGAGGGAGGGUGCGCUUCUCUGUAACAGGUGCAGACCUGCUAACAGCGCGGCGGCGAGCGACGGGGCCUUAAAAUCAAGAGUUGCCGCACGCUGGGAGCCACUUGGUCGGGAGUAGACUCUAGCACCGUUGGUGUGAAGCGAAAAAGCGUGAGGGGGUGUGCGAGGCCGAGCUGUCAACCUAAAACAGUCCCCUUUCGGCUCCUUUGCACCUGUUUGCGAGGCAGCAGCAACCGCGUGGUCCGCCGGCUGUUAAGUUUGACGUUUCGGUCUUGUUUUUUGCUGUCCUUUAUUUUGUCGACCUGCCCCGUCUUCUGGCAUGAAUCAGUACUUAAGUGUUGCGUGCUUAGGCGUGUUCUAAAGCACAGCUUUAUCUCGCUGGGAAUUAAUGAUUGCCCUUGCAGAGUUGAGUUACGUCCUAACUGUGCUACCUAAGAUACCCCCAGUCCAGCUAUGAGUGAGUUGGACUUGCUCUGUAACCUUCGGCCUUGCUGUGCAUUGAAAGUGUACAGUGGAGGAAGUAAGGUCACCGCCAUCAAGGAACUACAGCCCGGGGUACCUGCGUGGAGCUACCAUGGAAAAGUCCUGGAUGCUGUGGAGCUUUAUUGAAAGAUGGCUGCUAGCUGUGGCGUCCUGGUCUUGGGCUCUCUGCCGCAUCUCUCUUUUGCCUUUGAUAGUGACUUUUCACUUGUAUGGAGGCAUUAUUUUACUUCUGUUAAUAUUCGUGUCAAUUGCAGGUAUCUUGUAUAAAUUCCAAGAUGUCUUGCUCUACUUUCCAGAACAGCCAUCCUCUUCCCGCCUUUAUGUUCCCAUGCCCACGGGUAUUCCACAUGAGAACAUUUUCAUCAGAACCAAAGAUGGAGUCCGCCUGAAUCUGAUCUUGGUAAGAUACACUGGAGACAAUUCCCCCUACUCCCCAACUAUAAUUUAUUUUCAUGGGAAUGCGGGCAACAUAGGCCACAGGCUACCAAAUGCCCUGCUUAUGCUGGUGAACCUCAAAGUCAAUCUCGUGCUUGUUGAUUAUCGGGGCUACGGGAAAAGUGAAGGAGAAGCCAGCGAAGAAGGCCUGUAUUUGGACUCCGAAGCUGUGCUAGACUAUGUGAUGACUAGGCCUGACCUCGAUAAAACAAAGGUUUUCCUUUUUGGCCGCUCCUUGGGAGGAGCAGUGGCCAUUCACCUGGCCUCUGAGAAUUCUCACAGGAUUUCAGCCAUCAUGGUGGAGAACACGUUCCUAAGCAUACCGCACAUGGCCAGCACUCUGUUUUCCUUCUUCCCGAUGCGUUACCUUCCCUUGUGGUGCUACAAGAAUAAGUUUCUGUCCUAUAGGAAGAUCUCCCAGUGCAGGAUGCCUUCUCUCUUCAUCUCUGGCCUCUCCGACCAGCUGAUUCCGCCCGUGAUGAUGAAGCAGCUCUAUGAGCUCUCCCCCGCCCGGACUAAGAGAUUAGCCAUUUUCCCAGACGGGACGCACAAUGACACGUGGCAGUGCCAAGGCUACUUCACUGCGCUCGAACAGUUUAUCAAGGAAGUGAUCAAGAGUCACUCUCCUGAAGAUAUGGCGAAAACAUCGUCCAAUGUCACCAUUAUCUGAGGCCAUGCUCCAGAUGGAUGCAGAAUGACAACGUGCUUUCUGGGUGUGUGUUCAUACUGGUCUACACGGUGACUAAGCUUUGAAAGGCCUCAGGACUCCAUUCUGAUGAUCCUGCAACUUUCCAUAGUUUCCGAACCGGCCUUCUCGAGAAUGAUAGUCCAUCAGAACUCCAGCCUGGUGAAAUACCCUUAGCUCUAGUUUAACAUGCUGGUUUGAUAGAGGUCAUCCAAAAGUUUCUUGUUGGUUAAGUGAUAAAAUCUAUGUUGUACUCAGAUGGAGACGUGAACAAGCACCCUUCAGGUGUCAUUCCUUUAGUAAAUAUUGGGACAAUCACGGUAAGCAAGCCUGGCGCUACUGCGCUUUUACCUUAAGCAUUAAGAUGAAGUGCAUGGUGGUGUUUUAUUCUUAUGCAAUGCGAUAUUUUUAAUGUAAAUAAUACUGGUCACAUGCCAAUGUGUAUGACCUCCUGGGUUAUAUCUAUUUUCAUGUAAACUAUUUUGUUCCGGUGAGGGAUGAGUGUGAGGCCUGUGAUGGAUUCCAUGCUCUGCUGCUGCUGAUAUCCGGCUUUUCCUAAUAAUAAACAGGACCAUUUUCCGA